GGUACUACUCGAUUCUAUUGGUCCUCUCUGCACCAAUCUCCGGCCUUCAUUCGGAAAGACGACGACGAUUCGGUCUUAUCAAAAUCCAGACAGGCAGCCUUGAGAAACGAGAGGUAUAAAAUUACACGCGCACUGAGAGAGAGGCCAUGGCCCCUCCGGUGAAGAACGCCGUCCGGGCGGCGGCGGCACCGACGGAAGAGUGGUCCUCCCAGCCCGAGGUGACAGCCGCCCACCCGCCGAAAAACGCUGCUGGCGACGGCGAUCGACGCCCCAUCUCGACUGUCCUCAUCAUCAUAGCGAUGCAGACGGAGGCGCUCCCCCUCGUCAACAAGUUCCAUCUCUCCGAAGACAUCGAUGGAUCCCUGUUCCCAAAAGGUGUUCCAUGGGUCAGGUACCAUGGUAUAUACAAGGAACUGCAUAUAAAUUUAGUCUGGACAGGGAAAGAUUCAAUUCUGGUUGAGUUCUCAAAAUUUGGUUGUGUUUUAGCAGGAGUUGAUAGUAUAGGCACAAUAUCAGCAUCUCUUGUGUCAUAUGCUUCUAUACAAGCCUUGAAGCCAGAUCUUAUUAUCAAUGCAGGUACUGCUGGUGGCUUUAAGGCAAAAGGAGCGUGUGUUGCAGAUGUCUACCUUGUGUCAAAUGUUGCUUUUCAUGAUAGAAGGAUACCAAUCCAUGUAAUUUUUUUUUGUGUUAAUUAUUUGUAUGGAAUUGGAGCUCGGCAAACCUUCUCUACUCCUAAUCUUAUUGAUGAACUUAACUUGAAGGUGGGAAAAUUGUCUACUGGUGAUUCCUUGGAUAUGUCCCCACAAGAUGAAGUAUUAAUUCUAGCAAAUGAUGCUGUGGUUAAAGAUAUGGAGGGAGCAGCAGUGGCUUAUGUGGCUGACUUACUCUCGGUCCCAGCAAUCUUUAUCAAAGCUGUGACAAACACUGUUGAUGGACAGAAGUCCAUUGCAGAGGAGUUCUUGCAAAACUUGAUUGCAGUAUGCACGACACUGGCCCAGACCGUCAGCCAGGUGGUUGAUUUUAUAAGUGGUAAAUGCCUCUCUGAGCUUUGAAGGCUAUGCAUUGGUGUUUUGUAUAAUUAAUCAGCACACUCUAUGUGAUUUUGAGGGUUGUCAAUCAUGAUGCUGUAGGCCUACAUGGUAUGUUAUGUCACUACCAAUGUGCAAAAUUAGCCUGCUGGAGUUUCUACAUGACAUGGACUUUUGUUAUGAUGACCACAAAGCCCCAAGCAUGUAUAAAAUGUUUUGUUUGCAUACAUGUGAUCGAGUUUAUGUGCUUGUAACAUUGAAGCUUUUAUUCAAAAUGUUUUGUUCAGUUA